GCAGCAGCUUGCUAGUCUAAAAGACUCAUAACAGUCAGUUGCAGACGAACUCAUUUACAGUGGUAGUACCAGUGUAAGCAUUGCUUCAAAAAAUUGAAACACUGAUUCAAUCAUGGAAAUAACCAAUUAGGCUCUGAAAUCCAAAUUUCAAGUUGAUUAUUAUUAUUAUUUUUUUAAACCUGAGACGGACCGCCCUCAACAAUCGCCGCUAUCAAUUCAAUGCUUUGGUGCCGACUGGACACAGUGCCUGAAACGUUUACACUGGCACAUGUGAAGGUGGGAAAAUUUUGGAAAGUAGAGAGCAUCCAACAAAUUCUGAAGAAAAAUGUGGAGGAUCCCAGCGCUAUGGCUUCCGGUGCUUCUACUGGCCGUUGAGGUAUGCCACUGUGAAGAUGUGGGGACCAUGCUGGCAUCCGAGGAGGUGCCCAACAUCCCUUUGUCGACCACCGUGACCCGCAGCCAGAUCCUCUCAGCUCAGUUUGAGUGCUACCUGAAGAUCAUCUAUGACCCACCACGCAAUGAAGCUGGCACAUUCUGUAACCGCACGUGGGACGGCUGGCUGUGUUGGGAUGACUCUGCACCUGGCACGGCCAUGCAGCUCUGCCCUGUGUACUUCCAGGACUUUGACCCCUCGGAGAAAGCAACUAAAGUGUGCAACUCGGACGGACAGUGGUUUCGUCACCCUGAGAGCAGCCGUAUUUGGUCCAAUUACACCCAGUGUCAGAUGUACACUAAGGACAAACUGACGUUUGCGUUUAGCUUGUACUACUUGGCCAUUGUGGGACAUGGAUUGUCUGUGGUAUCUCUCAUCAUCUCACUCUGCAUCUUCUCCUACUUCAAGAGUCUGAGCUGCCAGAGGAUCUCCCUCCAUAAGAACAUGUUUCUGUCCUUUAUCUUCAACUCCAUCUGCACUGUCAUCUGGCUCUCUGCUGUAGCCAACAACCAGCAGCUAGGGGCCAGCAACCCUAUUGGAUGCAAGAUCCUGACAGUCCUGAACCAGUAUACGUUUGGAUCCAACUACUUCUGGAUGCUGUGUGAGGGGAUCUACCUGCACACUCUCAUCAUUGUGGCUGUGUUUGUGGGAGAGCAGAAGCUGGACUGGUACUAUGUCCUGGGUUGGGGCUUCCCCAUCAUUCCUGCCAUCACACAUGCUGUGGCACGUGGGCUCUUCUAUGAUGACAGAUGCUGGAUCAGUUCUGACACACACCUGCUCUACAUCAUCCAUGGGCCUGUCCAUGCUGCCCUGCUGGUGAACCUGUUCUUCCUGCUCAAUAUAGUGCGUGUGUUGAUCACCAAGCUGCAGGUGACCCACAGUGCAGAGUCUAAUGCCUAUAUGAAGGUGGUGAGAGCCACUCUCAUCCUGAUCCCUCUGCUGGGAGCCCAGUUCAUCCUGGUUCCCUGGAGGCCAGAGGGACGUAAGGCCAGAGCCAUCUACGAGUUCAUCAUGAACAUUUUUGCACAUUUCCAGGGACUCCUGGUCGCAAUUAUAUUCUGCUUUUACAAUGCAGAGGUGCAGGCAUGUCUUAGGAGGAAAUGGGCACAGACCAAGCUGGUGUGGAAAUGGACAGAUUCCUACUCCCACUACAACACCAACUCCUCCGGGACCGAGACGAGUCGUGCUACAGUCAGCCUGGAGCUCACCGCUCCUGAGGAGGACACCGUCAUUAAGCCAGGUGGCAGUGUGCACUACCGAGCCAAUGGACAGAGCAACGGCAAGCGCUGCACCAACAGGGAGAUGGACACGCCCAGGAUCCUGGAGACCACGGACAUCUGAUAGCACUGCACUGUCACUUCCCAUAGGCACCAUCAGCUGAUGCUGUGACAAACAGGCUCACGAAACUCACAGAUUGGCCACAGACAAUUGAUCAAUGCAGAAAAUGGGGGCCAUGACCUUUUGUGUCAUUGUAAAUGUUGGAUCACACACGUGGUAAGAAUAUACACACAAAUGUGUACAAGAUACACAUGCAAACACACAGACAAAAACCCAUAUACAGACAUCUGAUAAUGGAUGAGCAGCUUACAGGGUCCAGUUGAAACCUUACAGACAAUUAUUUGCCAACAGAUGUAUAUACAUUUCACUGUAGCUUUUCAUUGUUUCUGAUUUUGAUAUUAUGGAACAAUCCCAGUGAUAAAAUGACCUAACAAAGAGGGCUAUCUCUGGCAAUGUUUGAUAUUGGCCUUCAGUGCCGAUCAGUGUCUGAUGUAAUCAAUUACUGUGGGCAUAUUGGACAGUAUAUACACUGGCAAGAAAGUAUGUGAACCCUUUGAAAAUACCUGGAUUUCUGCAUAAAUUGGUCAUAAAAUUAUCUGAUCUUCAUCUAGGUCACAGACAAGAGUCUGCUUAAACGAAUAAAACAAACAAUUAUACGUUUGUCUUUAUUGAACACACCGUGUAAACAUUCACAGUGCAGGGUGGGAAAAGUAUGUGAACCCUUGGAUUUAAUAACGUUUUCUGUAGUUGUGGCUCAGAUCUGCACAACAGUCAGGAGGACCAUUCUUUACAAAACUGUUUCAGUUCAGCAAUAUUCUUGAUGUCUGGUGUGAACUGCUCGAGGUCAUGCCACAGCAUCGCAAUCGUGUUGAGGUCAGGACUUCUGUUGAAACCAUUCUAUUGUUGAUUAACUUCUGUUUUGCGUCAAUGUCCUGUUUCAUCACCCAACUUCUUCUGUUGAGCUUCAAUUGGGAGACAGCCUUACAUUCUCUGGCAAAAUGUCUUAAUAAACUUGGGAAUACAUUUUUCUGUCGACUAUAGCAAGCUGUCCAGGCACUGAGGCAGCAAAGCAGCCCAAAGCAUAAUUCUCCCUCCACCAUACUUUACAGUUGGGAUGAGGUUGAUGUUGGUGUGCCGUGCCUUUUUUUUUCUCUACACAGUGGUGUGUGUUCCUUCCAAACAACUCAACUGUAGUUUCAUCUCCACAGAAUAUUCUGCCAGUAGCGCUGUGGAACAUCCAGGUGCACUUUUGCAAACUUCAGACUUGCAGCAAUGUUUUUUUUUGGACAGCAGUGGCUUCCUCCGUGGUGUCCUCCCAUGAAUACCAUCCUUGUUUAGUGUUUUACGUAUCGUAGACUCGUCAACAGCGAUGUUAGCGUGUUCCAGAGAUUUUUGUAAAUCUUUAGAUGACACUCUAGGAUUCUUCUUAACCUCAUUGAGCAUUAUUUGCUGUGCUUUCGCAGUCAUCUUUGCAGGAUGGCCACUCCUAGGGAGAGUAGCAACAGUUCUGAAAUGUGUCUUACUGAUGAACAUCAAGGCUUUUAGAGAUACUUUUGUAACCCUUUCCAGCUUUAUGCAAGUCAACAGUUCUUAAACUUAGGUCUUCUGAGAUCUCUUUUGUUCGAGGCAUGGUUCACAUCAGGCAAUACUUCUUGUGAAUAGCAAACUCAAAUGUUGAGUUUUUUUUAUAGGGCAAGGCAGCACUAACCAACAUCUCCAAUCUCGUCUCAUUGAUUGAACCCCAGGUUAGCUGACUCCAAUUAGCUUUUGGAGAAGUCAUUAGCCUAGGCGUUCAUAUACUUAAUCCAACCUACACUGAAUGUUUAUAUUAUGUAUUCAAUAUAGACAAGGAAAAAUACAAUUUGUGUGUUAUUAGACACUAUGUAUGUCUAUUGAUAGGGUCACAUACUUUCUCUUGGCACUGUAAGUGUUGGUAUAUUAGGAAUUUCUAGUGUCAUUUAAUUAUUUUGUAUUACUGACACUGCUAAGGCUAUAUUGUAAAGGUUUGGAUCAGUAUUUUCUGUCACUUUAAUGAAGUUGAACUUAUUAUUUAAAUGUGUUACAUAAGCUUGCCUUUUUUAGAAACAUGAAAUGACUGCUUUACUUGGCAUAGCUCUGACUGCUGAAUGUUAAGGUCUCUGAGGCAAGUAAGAUGACAGUGUAUAAGGAAUACAACACAAUGAGGAAAAGUGUGUGCUUUGAAUCUCUAAUAGUAGAACCUGUGAUGAGGGAAUGCCCUAUGUCUGACACAACACUUUUUAUCCAGUGUUACUUCCUUAUGCUUUAGUGAAUCUUGUAUAUUGAGUUGCUAUACACAAUCUUUGAAAAAUCAAAGAGGAUACAUGUAUUAUACCGCUGAGCUGCAGUUGAACUGUGCAUACUCUGUAUGUGUGUAGUGGGGAGAAUUUACUAUGCAGUGUAUGAAAAACAUUCCACUUUAACUUCCAAAUAAAUUGUGUUCUAAGUGUAAAAAAAUAAUUUAAUAAACAAUUAUCAUUUUGGUUUGUG